CCAAUCAGCGCCCGCCACCGUCCGUUGGUCAUAUAUAAGCCAUUUUUGCCGCAGCUUCUUUCUUUGGAAUAAUGUCGGCUGAAUAUGAUAAUAGAGACAAUGGCCCCGAGGGCAUGGAGCCGGAUGGCAUCAUCGAGAGCAACUGGAACCAGAUCGUGGACAGCUUCGAUGAGAUGAACCUGCGCGAAGCUCUUCUCCGGGGGAUCUACGCCUACGGUUUUGAGAAGCCAUCUGCCAUCCAGCAGAGGGCCAUUAUCCCUUGUAUCAAGGGUUACGAUGUGAUUGCUCAGGCCCAGUCUGGAACUGGGAAGACAGCCACGUUCGCCAUCUCCAUCCUGCAGCAGAUUGAUGUGGAGAUGAAAGCCACCCAGGCUCUGGUUCUGGCCCCCACCAGGGAGCUGGCCCAGCAGAUCCAGAAGGUGGUUCUGGCUCUGGGCGACUACAUGGGGGCCAGCUGCUACGCCUGCAUCGGUGGCACCAACAUCCGCAACGAGGUCCAGAGGCUGCAGGCCGAGUCCCCCCACAUCGUGGUGGGAACCCCCGGCCGCGUCUUCGACAUGUUGUCCCGCAAGAACCUCUCUUCCAAGCACAUCAAGAUGUUUGUUCUGGACGAGGCCGACGAGAUGUUGAGCCGAGGGUUCAAGGACCAGAUCUACGAGAUCUUCCAGAAGCUGGCCAGCAACACACAGGUGGUCCUGCUGUCGGCCACCAUGCCGGCCGACGUCCUGGAGGUCACCAAGAAGUUCAUGCGGGAGCCGAUCCGGAUCCUGGUGAAGAAGGAGGAGCUGACGCUGGAGGGUAUCCGCCAGUUCUACAUCAACGUGGAGAAAGAGGAGUGGAAGCUGGACACGCUGUGUGACCUGUACGAGACCCUGACCAUCACGCAGGCCGUCAUCUUCAUCAACACCAGGAGGAAAGUGGACUGGCUGACGGAGAAGAUGCACGCCAGGGACUUCACCGUCUCCGCCCUGCACGGGGACAUGGACCAGAAGGAGAGAGACCUGAUCAUGAGGGAGUUCCGCUCCGGCUCCAGUCGAGUCCUCAUCACCACCGAUCUGCUGGCCCGAGGCAUCGACGUCCAGCAGGUGUCCCUCGUCAUCAACUACGACCUGCCCACCAACAGAGAAAACUACAUCCACAGGAUCGGGCGAGGCGGCCGCUUCGGCAGGAAGGGCGUGGCCAUCAACAUGGUGACGGAGGACGACAAGCGAACCCUGAGAGACAUCGAGACCUUCUACAACACCACCGUGGAGGAGAUGCCCAUGAACGUGGCCGACCUCAUCUAGACUCCGCCUCCACCGACCGCGACUUGUUUUAGAAGUUAAAUGGUGUUUUUGCUUUCUGAUCUGAAUUCUUAAACUUUGUUUUUGAUAAAAUUCCUCCAUAAACUUUUCUGCAUCCAAACAUUUAAAUAGUUGCUGCUUCUUCUGUAGCUGCUCCUCCACAAGCAGCUGAACCGACCGUCUUGCUCCAGCACCAAUUACCCCCCCUCCUCUCAGUUGAAACCGGUCCGGACCGGCUCCGGCCCAGUCGUCAACCUGGACCGGACUCGGCCCGGACCGGAAAACCGCAGCUUGCUCUCCUCCGUUUCCCUGGUAACGGAGUCAAGCUGAACCCGGAUCAGAACACUGAUCGUCUCCGCAGUCUUCAGCUCGUCCGCCGUUCAGAAACACAGCUGGUGCUCCGUAAAAGACCCGAACAGUAGAACCGUCAGGACCGAGCGCUUUAACUUUGACACUUUCAAUGGUUGUGUUUUUUUUUUUUUUUGGUUUUGUUUUUUUUUUUAACCCUUAUUACUUUUGGGGAGGUCAGGUUUGUGGGAGGGGACUGAUAUGAAAGGACCAAACUAACCAAUCAGAGAUUAGACGUCUCUCACGUGACCGGUCCUGCCGGCCGCUGACGGGACGCCUCCUGCCCCUCCCCCUCCAAAUUGCUUCAUGGAUUGUUGACCUUUUUCAGACAGUGUAUCAAGUUUUCUACAUUGGAUUCUGUAAAGUAUUUAUUUUAAUGGUCUUUAAAAGAAAAAUAAAGGUUUCUCUUUUAAAAGUGAAGCGAGGUGUUUUAAGGCUUCGACGCUGCUUCCCCGCGGAGUUGAACGUGUCCAGUAUUGUCGAGAUGCAGAACCUCUCACGGCCACCAGGGGGCUCCACGCGCCGCUCUGGCUUUAACGUAAAAUUACCCAGAGUUCCAUGUUUCAUGAAGCCCUCACUGAUGAACUUACAUGUCUGAAGAUGAAAUGUAAAAGUCUGAGAAAAAAAAACAAAUUUGUAAAAAUAAAAAGUGUCAAAAAUA